CUUUUGUAAACAUGGCGGCUCGCUUGCAAUAAAAAGUAGACUUGAAGGAUUUUCUCAUCUUCACGUCCAUAAAAGCCUGUUCUGUAGCUUGACAUGAUGCUUUGAGAGUGUCCAAGUCAUGCAGCCAGAGCACAGUAAGCAAGGUAUUGAGCUGGUAUCCAUUAAAACCUUGAAAAAGCAGGAAAUCCCACAAGAACACUGUUAUGGACAAUGUAGACCAGUCACAGAGUUUGAAAAACUCAAUCGAAUCGGAGAAGGAACUUAUGGUGUGGUUUAUCGUGCUCGUGACACUGUUUCAAACAAAAUAGUUGCACUGAAAAAAGUAAGAAUGGAAAGAGAAAAAGAUGGCAUACCUCUCAGUGGAUUGAGGGAAAUAAGUCUUCUGUUAAAUCUGGAACACAAGAAUAUUGUGAAGCUCAUGGAGGUAGUUGUGGGAAAACACUUGGACAGUAUUUUUCUUGUCAUGGAAUACUGUGAGCAAGAUUUGGCAAGCUUACUAGAUAACAUGACAUCUCCUUUCCAAGAAUCACAGAUCAAGUGUUUGAUGUUACAGCUAUUCCAUGGAGUACAGUACCUUCAUGAGAAGUUUAUUGUGCAUAGAGAUUUGAAAGUAUCAAAUCUAUUGCUGACUGGGAAAGGAACCCUUAAGAUUGCCGACUUUGGUCUGGCCCGCACAUUUGGUUACCCAUACAAGGCCAUGACCCCGAUUGUGGUGACCCUGUGGUAUCGUGCACCAGAGCUCCUUCUUGGCUCCAAAGUACAAACCACAGCUGUGGAUAUGUGGGCUGUGGGCUGUAUUUUUGGUGAGCUCCUUGACAAUAAGCCCCUUAUGACUGGAAGAUCAGAGAUCAACCAGUUUCAGCUCAUUGUGGAUCUACUUGGAACACCAAGCGACCAGAUUUGGCCAGGAUUCACGAGCCUCCCUGGAGCCAAGUCCAUAAACUUCAAACGCCAGCCUUAUAAUAAUCUGAAACACAAGUUCUCGUGGUUGAGUCCCGCGGGACUGACUCUAAUAAAUCAUUUAUUGAUGUACGACCCGUGUAAAAGAGCCUCGGCGGCCGACUGUUUGCAGAACUCGUAUUUUGUCGAAAAACCACUCCCGGUGCAACCGGAUAUGAUGCCAACUUUUCCUGAGCACCGGAACCGGAACUACAACAAGAGGCCGUCUGAUCAUCGUGUUGGAGAGAAGCGGCCUGUUCCACACGAGACAGAGUAUGAGUUCCGAAGAGGGUUCGCUGAUUUUGGGCCUCACUUGCCUCAAAAAAAGAAAAAGAAAUGAAACUGCUGAGAAUUUUUUGGUUGCUCAUUAAAUAUCAACUUUGCAUUUGCCUCACGGUGUUCUAUGAAAAGCAAAGUGGCUUGCUCAUUCAGCUUGGCGUCAACGAUACUUGAUCGGUAUGUCAAGCAGCCGCGUAUAUUUAUGCUAU